UGCAACGCACACCCGGAAGUAGUCACGAGAGUAUGAUGUUAUGGAUGUAGCGGAUGUAGUCUUGUCGUUCGGUAUGACUGAUGCUGUUUGGGAAAUAUUUAUGCGAUGAUUCAAUUAUAUGAUCAACCUAACACCACUAUCGAUCUAUUAUUGAUAAUUAGCUUUAAAUAACGCACGUGCUUACCUAUCCGUUACCAGAUUCUUCUUCAAAAUAGUAACGUUUGGUAGGAACUAGAUGCACCAAAACAAGAGCUAAUUCUGUUACACAUAAAGCCACAUUUGUGAUUAUAAACAUACGACCACAUCUGCUGAAACUCCUGCCAAGUCAAUGCCAAGAUGUCUGUGGAGCUGGACGUAUUUGUUGGAAACACCACCAUCAUGGACAAAGAGGUGUUUCAGUUGUGGUUGAAUGGAUAUACAGUGAGUGAUGCAGUGAAAGUGCGGAUAGAAGGAGGCAUAAUGGAGGAGUGUGAGGCGAAUGCAGAAGUGCUGCUCAGUGACACAAUGGACCAGUACAGAACCUUCCAGAUGUGUGAGAGGCUUUUACACCACCCAGCUAAACUAUCCAAUCAGCUUCUGUUCCAGAUACCACCAGACCGACAAGCCAUGCUCAUUGAAAGGUAUUAUGCUUUUGAUGAUGCAUUUGUUCGAGAGGUCCUGGGAAAGAAGCUCUCCAAAGGAACAAAGAAAGAUCUUGAUGACGUUAGUGCAAAGACAGGCAUUAUGCUAAAAAGCUGCAGAAGACAGUUUGACAACUUCAAGAGAGUGUUCAAAGUGGUGGAAGAACUCAAGGGCCCCCUGGUGGAAAACAUACAGCAACACUUUUUGCUACCUGAUCAAUUAGGAAGGGACUAUGCUGCAAUAGUGUUCUUUGCCAGUAAUCGCUUUGAAACAGGGAAGAAAAAGUUGCAGUACCUAACUUUCCAGGACUUUGCCUUCUGUGCUGGCCAGCUCAUCAACCACUGGACAGUAGGGGCUGUGGAUAAUAUGAUGGAUGACAUGGAUGUAGAUCUGGAUAAGGAAUUCCUUCAAGACCUCAAAGACCUCAAAAUUCUUAUCACAGACAAGGAUCUUUUAGACCAACACAAAAGUUUAGUGUGCACUGCUUUGCGGGGAAAAACCAAUGUCUUCAAUGAGAUGGAAGCCAAUUUUAAGAAUCUCUCAAGGAGCCUUGUGAAUAUCGCUGCAAAAUUAAUCAAUGCAAAAGAUGUCCGCGAUUUCUUCAUUGACCUUGUAGAAAAGUUUAUUGAACCUUGUCGGUCUGACAGAUGGACAUCAAUAGACGUAAACCUCUACCUAACUCAUUAUACUAACUCGGCACAUAUAUUGGACACCUUCAAGCACCAUGGUGUCUGGACUAGGUACAUGGGAGUUAUCAAAAGUUGCAUCCUUAGAAUUUACCAUUAGUGAAGACUCUCCCUUUCACUCUUGUUCUUUCCCUUUAUGUAUCUGAUACAUUUUUGGCUUGAUGUUUAAUUCCCCUGUUUAUCAUCUUUAAUCUUUUCCCAAAUGUGUCCCCCACCAGCUGUCCAUCUCUACACCUCCCCACCUGCUCUCUUUAUCCUUGCUUCAUUCUUUCACCCCUUGGCCUCUAGAAGUGUAUGCAUUGUAAAUAAAAACAGCAUGUCUGCAUUGUUUUUAUUAACUCUACUGUGUGGGUUGCUGUGGCCAAACAGAUUGACAAAACGUUAACAAUUUGGUAAUGAAAAGUUCAUUUGUUGCUUAUAUGGAUUAGGUUCUUAUUAAGAUUAUGGAUUUAUAGCAAAAAAAAUUUUACACUGAAGGAAAACUUAGGAAUAUAUUGCAUUAGUGGCAUCUUUAAACAAAUGAUGCCAGACUAACUUUAAGACUAACACUUUUUUUUAGCCAUUUAUGCCAUUAUUGUUUAACAUGUUGAUACGUAUUUCUCCACAUGCGGUGGUGACGUCACUCUGCUUACGUUUAAUAUAUAACUUACAGUCUAUAAAUUUAAUGAAUGUUAACAAAUUAUACAUCUUUUCAAAGGUCUAAGGGUUCAAUAUUGAUAUCCAAUCUCUGUUUCACGAUAGCAAUGCUCCAGAAACAGCAAUUUAGUUAUUUGUGCCAGUGGAACAAAUGAAAAAAUGCAAUAUCAUAACGGGACUUCAUACGUUUGUGAAAAUAUGAACGCCAGAUGAAUCCAGUUCGCCACACGUGGGUCAAUUGUCCAAGUGUUCAUUGAAAAACAUCUAAUAGCACUUUUUGUUCAUAAAAGUGAUAAAUCUGAGAAAUAUUGAUAUAUUCUCCAUUGUUUACAUGAGAUCUCGCCUGAAAGAAUUACCUAUCGUCAUCGUUCUUCAACAAACUAUGCAAUCUGAGCAGCAUUCAUGUUGUAAAACUUUAUAUUAUCUUAUAUAUUAGAGUCUCAUAAACAAAAUGAGCCUGCCUCCAAAGUCUAUUUUAAAAAAUGCGGAAUAGUUCGUCAGCAGUCAGAUUUUGUGUCGCCUUGAAAAGCGAAGCCUUAAUUUUACUCUGUACGCUUCCAGCAAUUUUAUAGAGAAAAAAAGCUUGCAGGAACCUAAUUUUUUGUUAGAUCAUCUUCAAAUUUGAAACGUAACUUCUUUAGACCUGUGGCUUGGAGAACAUUGUAAAAGUGUCUUGGCACUUUUAUUAUAGAUUUUUUAGAUUAUAAAAACAUGUUCAGCACAAAACAUUUACAUUAUUAUAAACUUCAGCUUCUCUAACUUUACAAAUUAACAACAUAUAUUAAUUCUAAUAAUUAAUAAAGCCCAAAAUGUCUUCUUUCAAAAUAUACUACAACUGUGUCCAUACUCCAAAGGGUCCAGUAAAUACAACCAAUUAAGUUCAGGUAUGUCGUUUUCAUGGUUUGUGCUCAAAAAGGGGGUGCGUAUCAACAGGUUAAAGAGCUGGUCCCAGUGUUAUUUUUCCAGGAUGUAUGAAGUCAGAGAACAACAGGUUUUGUUGGUCACUUUAACUAUGUGACCAAUACAUUUUGUGUAAGUGCAUUUUGUCUUAAUUUUGUACAGCAUAUACAGUGGGGUUUAAAAUUAUGAGUCCACAUUGAAAACUUUGGAUUCAAUAUCAAUUUAAACCUGGAAAUAAAAAGAAACUAUAUGUACCAUAUUUUGAUUAUAAUAGUAAUGUAAGUCUGUGUGUGGGCCCAUGGGGUCUAGAAAGCCGUAGGAGGUAACAGUUUGUCAGGCCUUGGUGGCGUAAGUGUAUGUGUGUGCUUUGGCAAUAAUAGUGUGUAAUGACAGCUGUCAGCCCCAACACAUCACCCACCUUUUUUGGUACAAGGGUAAUGGCAAGCACAUUUGUUUGCCCUUUUGUCAUUUGCAGUGCAAAUGAAUCUUUAUUUCUUCAUGUUGUGAUGCUUGAAUGUGAUGUUUCCAACAUAAGUAAUGAGUAAUUGAUUUAGUGACUUGACACAACUACAGCAAGUUAGCUAUAAUUUAUACUAAUUUCAUAGAUCCGUCUUUCACCUAAGUCUUGCAUAUAAAGUGAACAUUAGCAAUAAUAAUGUUCUAGAUGUUGAUGUACUUGCUUCUGAUAUUCAUCAGAGGGUGCCUCAUUAUUACAUUCAUAUACAUGCACAUUUAAGUCAAGUCAUUUUUAUUUAUAUAGCACUUUUCACAACAAACAUUAUUUCAAAGCAGCUUUACAGAAAAUUAUGCUUUAUCAGAAAAAGCUGUAAUAUAGUAAUGUCUUCGAGUGAGAAUAGAGCAGUUUAAUGAAAAAACAUCAUUGUAAAUUGUGCCUAAAAUAAAUAAUACUCACAAUCUUCUUAAAACUUUGGAAAUGAAUAUACCUUCUGAAGUGUGUCAUUUUUUAUGUAAAAAUACUUUCUCCUUUCCCAGCUUAAAGAAAUAGUUCACCAAAAAUGAUACAUGAAAAUUCUCUCAUCAGUUACUCAUCCUCAUGCCAUUCCAGAUGUGUAUGACUUUAUUUCUUCUGC